ACUGUUACCAAUCAAGUCUGGCAUCACAGUUCUUUUGGUCUCGGUGUUAUAGUGUUGUUGACGAGAUGAAGAUCUUUGGAUUGUUGUGUCUAGUGGCAGUCGCCUCAUGCGGCCCGGUGGCUCAAGAUGAAUCGGUGGUUCGUCUUAUGGCCACCAAUUUUGUGGAUUGCGCCAACAGUGAAUUGACCCUAUGUCUGAAGGAACACGCUCUUAGAGCAACUGAGAAAUUGAGGGCUGUGAGGAAAUUGAACAUCAUCGAUGGAGUCACCAUCCUCAACAGCAGCCCUAAGGAGGCCAGGUCAUUGGACACACUACCUUCGGAGCCUGAAGAAAGGAACAAAGAGGUCACUGAAAGACUUUGGUCAACAGCGUCUGACCUCCUUCAGAGGUCUGAAUUGGAAUUGAGCUUCCCUGGAUCCGAAGAUGACGAAAAUGACUCCAGAGCUCUCAACGAAGUUGAGGAGAGCCGUGGCAAGAAGAAGAAGGAGACCAAAAAGAAGCUGAAAAUGCUGAUUCCUUUAGUCCUGAUCGCGAAAGCCAAAGCCAUUGCUUUGGUGGUGCUGUCUUUAGUUGUCAUUGCAGCUUCGAUCUUCAAGUUGGCGCUGCUCGCCAAGAUUGCCUUCAUUGUCAAGGCCAUCUCUAUCCUCAAGGCUCUUCUAGCUAAGAAGAACGAGCAUCACGAAGAAGAGGUUUGGGCACCUCCUCAUGAUGAUCACGGUCACGGAGGACACGGUGGAUGGGAAGGAGGCUGGUCCAGGUCGAAGAAAGACGCUGGAAACUUGGCCUACUCGGCUUACAGGAAGUAAGAUUGAAGUAAGAGACAUGCGAUUUGGCACCUGAAGUUGGGAAAACAUUGUUGGGUUAUUACUUCUAAAUUAUUUUAUUGCAGCAAAAAUGCUGUAUAGUUUUUGUUUAAAAUAGGACCCGAGAGAUUUUAUUAUAACUUAGGUAAAUACUAUUUCUGUUUAGAUCAACUUCAGCAUGCCAAAUUCAGAGCUACCUACACUGUUCACAAUCUUGUAAAACUUACUAACGGUUUCGAUUUUAUGUACUGUUCAUUUUAUAAGUUACUCAUGGAGGCCAGUUAAUUUAUUGAGUUAUUUAUUCGCGUGUGUUUGUGUGAUUUUAAAUGUUUUGUUUAGUUGUUUUAUUUAUUUUCUUUUCUGUCAUUUUACAUGUGAAAUUUUGGGUGUAAAUUUUAUGUUACUUGUUAAUUUGACUGAAAAGGAAUCUUUUUAUUUUAUUGUUUAGUGUAUAUUUGUGUAAAUAUUAUAUGUUUUAAUUAUGUUUUUUUUUAAUUAUUUAUGUCUUUAUUAUUAUUAUUUUGUGUUUUUUAUUUUUUGUUUUAUAUUUAUUGCGACGUAAUGCGUUAUUAUACCAAAUACCUUCUGUUUAAUAAAUAUUAUAGGAUUGUAUGUAUCUUUAUCUCUAAAUUAUGUAUGUAUGUAAUUGUUUUUGUAUUGUAUGGUCUAUUAAUUAUUAUUUAUUGAUACUUAUGUAUCUAUUUAUGAUCUCUGGUUUUAUGUUAUAUUCUUCUUUAAGCACUUUAUAUGUAUCGUGUAUCACGAAUAUGUUUGUUAUUAUUAUUUGUGAGUCUGUGUGUGUGAAAGUUGUUAUUUAUUCGUACAAUUGUAAGCCAUGAAAUAAACCAAAAGCGUUAUUUUGUUUA